AUGCGCGUACCUCCUUGCAAGAUAGACCGGAUUGCUGCUCAUAUCGUCCACAACGCGCUAGAUGGCUCGCCGAAAGGGACUGAUUGGCCAGCUACUGAAGCGUCUGCACCGACUGCAGUGCUUGCAAUGGAUCAACAUAGUGUUGUGGUCUUAGGAAUCCUGGCAGUUGGAAGGUAUUCUAGAGAUGUGCUGAACUUGGAAGAAAAAGAGGGAAACAUACCAAUGUAUUUUGAAGGCGAAUGCGCGGCGGUGACAGCAGCACCUGUAGCACUAAGUGGAUCGCCUGUUGUGAUGGAGGACCCUCGGGAGAGGGCUUACAAGGCCGUGGCCUAUUCGGCGGUCACUUUCUCUCUCGUUGCCAUUCUUUCAGUAUGCAUCACUAUGCCUAUUGUCUACAACUUCGUAGAUCAUGUACAACAACAGACGAAACGCGAUCUGCAGUUCUGUAAGUCGUCUGCACGGGACAUUAUGACGGAGAUCAGCCAUAAAAAGCCGGCAGCCUUCUCCUCCUUUGCUGCUAAUGCCACCUCAGAACGUGCUAAAAGACAGGCCGGAUCUUGUGCAGGGUGUUGCAAACCUGGCCAUCCAGGACGUCCAGGUCUGCCAGGAAGAAACGGUAAACCAGGAAUCCCAGGAGCACCAGGACGACCAGGAGCUCCAGGUCGACCACCAAUCGUUUGCGAAGAGCUCGAUAUUCCUCCGUGUAAUCCAUGUCCACCUGGCCCACCUGGCCCCGCGGGACCAAAUGGACCACCAGGAAGCCCUGGUAGGGCUGGAAGCCCAGGUCGACCCGGAAAUCCAGGAGCACCAGGAUCACCGGGGCCAAAUGGUCCUCCUGGACAACCUGGAACACCUGGCUCAGACGGAGAGAAGGGAGAACCGGGACGACCAGCUCAGAGUACGAACGCUAUUCCAGGAGAUCCAGGACCACCAGGAGAAGCAGGCUCCCCUGGCCUUCCUGGAGCCGACGGACAACCCGGACGCGACGGACAACCUGGAAGCUCCGGACCUCCUGGACCACCCGGACCACCUGGACCUGCUGGACCUGCUGGAGCACCUGGAAACCCUGGACAACCUGGACAACCCGGACCACAAGGAGAACGUGGAAUUUGCCCCAAAUACUGUGCUCUGGACGGAGGUGUUUUCUUCGAAGAUGGAACGAGACGAUAA